AUGAGUUUCCGAUUCCCUUAUCAGGAGACCCCGUCGGAGACCAGCUUCAACCGUGAGUUUAACGAUGCAGAGAAGGGUCAACAUGAUAGCUCAGAAAUAAGACUUUCACCACUGAGUAAAGUGCAUGCAUCUGAUAAAGCGGGUGUCGAGGAUGGCCGCCUUACCGCCUUUCCUCCAGUUCACGAGGGAAACAUGUGGUCCGCUACCCAGUCGACUUCGUCCUUUCACAACUCUUGCAAAUCGGACUCCUCGUUGCCAAUCCUGCCUAAACAAAAGAUCGCACCGCCGCCGCCAAAGAAGCAGGAACCCAGAAGAAGUACCCUUUUCGUACUGUGGUUCAACACAUAUAAGCGGCUGUUCACUUUCGUUGUCACUCUUAACCUGAUUGGUAUUAUCCUCACCAGCGUUGGUCAGUUCCAAUAUGCGCAGAACCAUCUUGGUGCUAUGGUUCUUGGAAACCUGCUCUUUGCUAUCUUGAUGCGGAACGAGCUGUUUUUCCGAAUACUCUAUAUGGUUUUUAUUUACGGCCUGAGAAGUUGGGCUCCGAUAAGAAUGAAGUUGAUGGCAGCAUCGUUUCUGCAACAUGUUGGGGGAGUACACUCGGGCUGUGCACUCUCUGGCACUGCUUGGCUGGUGUAUUACAUUGUACAGAUUCUCAGUCACCGCAGCAUCCGUCACCCGGAUGUACUCAUCAGCGGGAUCGUCACCGUCGUCUUCAUCAUAAUAUCCGUGCUGAGUGCAUUCCCAUGGGUUCGAAAUAACCACCACAAUAUCUUUGAGAGGUACCACCGAUUCGCUGGUUGGUUAGGCUUAGCUGCGACGUGGUCUUUCGUUGUCUUGAGUAACGCAUACGAUGCCAACAGUGGUAAAGAUAGUUCCAAUGCACAAUCUUUGAUAACCACGGAAAACAUCUGGUUUACCAUUUUCAUGACGAUCUUAAUCGCGCUCCCUUGGGUCACAAUCCGACAGGUCCCCGUUGAAGUAGAGAUACCCUCGUCCAAGGUUGCCGUCCUUCGUUUCAAUAGGGGAAUGCAGCAAGGUCUUCUUGGACGCAUUGGCCGUUCAGCAUUGAUGGAGUAUCACGCUUUCGGUAUCAUCAGUGAAGGACGCCAUUCCCCUUACCAUUAUAUGGUUUGCGGUGUCCAGGGUGAUUUCACUAAGAGUCUUGUUGCGAAUCCGCCUACAAAGAUCUGGACAAGAGAGUUGAAGUUCGCCGGAAUCGGCCACGCUUCUGCCAUGUUCAACAGGGGUAUUCGCGUCUGCACUGGAACAGGUAUUGGCGCCGCUCUGUCAACAUGCAUUCAAAGCAAAAACUGGUUCCUCAUCUGGAUAGGCUCUGACCAGAGAAAUACCUUCGGAUCGACGAUUUCGCGUCUUAUCCACGAUAACAUUGAGCCUGAUCGAAUGAUACUAUGGGAUACCAAGGAGCGCGGCGGUCGACCGGAUACAAUGCAGCUUCUAAGAGACACUUGGAACAAUUUUGGUGCCGAGGUGAUCUUUAUCACGUCUAACAUGAAGGGUAACGAUGAGAUGAUGCAAGGAUGCCGUGAAGAGGGAAUGCACGCUUUCGGCACACUCUGGGACUUCUGA